AUGGCGCGGAUUCUGAUCGUAGGCGCUGGGCUGACCGGUAGCCUGUGCGCUGCGCUUUUGCGCGCGGAAUUUCCCCAGCGCCUCCUGCGCGUCGUGGUCUGGGAUAAGGCGCAGGGCGCAGGGGGAAGAAUGUCGACGCGCCGGAGCUCUCACGACGAGAAAUGCACGGCUGAUCUGGGUGCCCAAUAUAUCACGCGAACGCCCGACAAUGCAAAGGCGCAUCAGAGCUUUUAUGAAGAUUUGUUUUCUCAUGGAGUCCUGAAGCCAUUGACUGUCCCAGUAAAAGGAAUGGUGGUGAAGGAAGGAGUAGAUAACUUUGUAACACCCAAAGGAAUUUCAGCCAUUGUUAAACAUUACUUAAAUAAGGCAGCAGACGCAGAUGUCUUCUACAAUCACCAUGUUACUCAGAUCUGCCUCAAAGAUGGAAAAUGGGAAGUGGACACCAGUACAGGAUCUUUUGACCACUUUGAUACAGUUAUUCUCACAAUGCCUGUCCCACAGAUUCUUCACCUUCAAGGGGAUAUUGCAACCAUAAUUAACAAACAUUGGAGGCAGCAGCUGGAAUCUGUGAGCUUUUCUUCUCGCUAUGCUCUGGGCCUUUUCUAUGAAGCUGGCAUCCAGUUUGAUGCCCCUUGGGCGGUACAAUACAUCUCAAAUAAUCCCUGCAUAUGCUUCAUCUCCAUUGAUAAUAAGAAGCGUGAAAUAGAAUCACCUGACAUUGGUCCAUCUGUUGUUGUUCAUACCACUGUGUCUUUUGGAACUGAACAUUUGGAAUGGGACAAAGAAAAGGUCCAGCAGUUGAUUAUAAAUGAAUUGAAAGCUGUGAUGCCUCAUUUGCCUGAACCAGCAAGUAUCAAAUGCCAGAAGUGGAGAUAUUCUCAGGUGACAGAAGCUUUCCCUGGAAGUCCAGGACAAAUUACUCUUCACACAAAACCUUUUCUCAUCUGUGGAGGUGAUGGAUUUGUUCAUUCCAAUUUAGAUGGAUGCAUAGAUUCAGCCAUAAGUGUUGUAAAGGCUUUAAAGGCCAGUUUGUAGGAUUUUCAUUGUUUUCUCUCUGAAUAUCAGCUCGUUUUUAUGAUGAGUUAUACAUUGAUAUACCAAUGAAUAGGUGUUUUCCAUACCCAUCCUCUGUUUUAAAAAAAAUAAAGAAUGGAAGUCUUGAAAUGUCACACAGAUU